CGUAAGUUUAAUUUCACGUGAUUAUUGCUCAUACAAAACUUGAUUUCCGGUAAUUUUUUUUUUUGCCCUUGAUCUUUUAGAUUAAUUUCCGAAGAAGAUUUCAACAUGAAAACAGUUUGUAAUCAUCCUAAAAUAUCCAGUUGAAGUCAAUAUAUACAAAAUCUCCAGCAAAAGAUGUCUGUUAUUGAAAUCACAUCUGAAGACCAGUUCACAGAGUUGACGAACAACGCUCCAAAAGAUAAACUUAUAGCGAUCUAUUUUCACACACCAUGGGCUGCACCAUGUAUUCAAAUAAAUUCAGUAUAUUCACAAUUAGCCGAGUCAAACCCAAAUACAUCAUUCAUCUCAGUUAAUGCUGAUGAACAUCCGGAUAUAUCUGAACUAUUUGAGCUCAGCGCGGUGCCAUACUUCGUUUUAAUCAGAGAUGAUACAAUUUUGAAAGAACUUUCCGGUGCUGAUCCAAAAGAAUUUGUUACUGCUUUGAAUGAAUUACAAAACUCUUCAACAUCUGAACAACCACAAGCUCAACCUGCGCAAGCUCCAUUAGCAGGUGUUCAACACUCAGCUCAACCAACUCAACCACAAGAAGAAGAGGAAGAGUCUGAAGAAGCAUUGAAUGCUCGUUUAAAACAAUUGACCGAAGCUGCUCCAGUUAUGUUAUUCAUGAAAGGUACACCAGCGUCUCCUCAAUGUGGGUUUUCUCGUCAAUUAGUUGCUAUACUCAGAGAGAAUCAAGUCAGAUUUGGAUUUUUUGAUAUAUUGAAAGAUGAUAGUGUUAGACAAGGUUUGAAAGCUUUUUCAGAUUGGCCAACUUUCCCACAAUUGUAUGUUAAUGGAGAAUUCCAAGGUGGAUUGGAUAUCAUCAAGGAAUCUUUAGAAGAUGAUCCAAACUUUUUCAAGACUGCUCUUGAAGCAUAAUUAAUGUUUGUUUAUUUAUCGAGGUUGUGUAUUUUUAAUCUUACAUCGUAAAUAUUGCCAUGAGAUGA